AUGCAGGAAAACUCAUGCAAAUUCAUCCAAAACCCACUUCUGAGGCACAUGUUCUCCACUCCUUCCCUACUUUUUAGACAUCUCACAUUAGAGGUGAAAAAGUGCAGGGAGGAGCUAGUGUCCAAGGAGUCAGAGCUGGAGCGUCUGAGGAAGGAUGUCGGUGUUAAGACUUCUCAGAUCAGCUGUAUGGAGGAGAGCCUGCAGCACAUAAAGAGCCAACUCAUCAGCAAGAAUGACAUUGUUAUGGAUCUGGAGAAGGCGCUUAAUCGUAGUGAGGCAGAUCGGCGCAGCUGUUCUCAGAAAGUCGAAAUCUUAGAGGGGCAGCUGCAGAUGGUGCAGAACGAGUUGGCUGACACUCUGAAGCAACUACAGGAACUCAAGGAUGUUUUACAGAAAACCCAAAAGGUUUCAGAUGAGCGGCAAGCCUCGGUGGAAAAACUGACUGUCCAGCUGAGGGAGACCCAAAGGGAGCUGGAGGAGAGAACUCACGAGGUUUUAGACAUGGACAACGCCCUGAGGGAAAGACAGGGGGAGCUCCAACAGAGAGCAAAGCUGCUUGGCCAACUGGACGUGGCCAUCAAAGAGCACAAGCAGGAGCUGGAGAGGAAGGUGGAGUCUCUGCAGCAGAGCCUGGAAGCCAGAGAGAGAGAGCUGAGGGACGCACAGAGGGAGCUCACUGACAGAAACAUGAAGGAGUCUCAGGAGCUGUUUGCAUGUCAGCAGAAACUUCAGAAAGUUCUCAAAGAGCUUGAAGAAACUCAAGGUCACUGUGAGGGUCUGAGCAGAGAGCUGGAUGCCUCCAAGCUGCAGACCAAAGAGACGGAGGCCCAGCUGUGUGCCAUAGAGGAGGAGCUGACUCUGAAGGAGGCGCGCUGGCUGCAGUCGGAGGCCAGGCUUCAGGGCAUGGUCACCGGCUUAGAGCAGGAGCUGGAGCUGGAGAGGGAGCAGCAUAGCAAAGAGCUGGAGUCUCUUCAGGAGACUCGAGGCCAGCUCCUCAAAGUCUCGGAGCAGAUCUCCUCCACAAUGCGCUCCUCCCAGGAACAGCUCACUGUUAAACUUCAGCAGAGCCAGACCCAGCUCGAAGAAGUCAGCGUCCGCUUUGAUCAGACCAAAGCCCAGCUGGACCAAACUAAGACGGAGCUUGAGCACGCCUGGAAGCGAGCUACUCACCUCCAAUCACAGUUAGACCAGAGCCAGACACAGCACCUUCAGAGCCAGACUCAGCUGGAACAGAGCAGGACUCUUUACGAGCAAACUAGAGCCCAGAACAGUCGUCUGCAGGCACAGCUGGAGCAUCUCACUGCUGUGCUAAAUCAAACCAGAGUCGAGGCUGCCCAGCUCCAGAGUCAGCUCCAUGCCUCCGAGAAGUCCGUGGAGACCUCCAGUGAUUCCCUCCUCAUCAAGGAGUCUGAGGUGGCUCGUCUCCAGGCCAGGAUCUCCAGUUUGGGACGAGCUGCAGACCGACAACAUCUGUACAAUCACAGCACCUCUCUCUCUUCUCUGCACAAAGUCACAGACUCUCCCCAGCUCUGCCUCUCUGCUCCUUCCCCUGCAUCCUCCCCCAAAAAGCUUCAGACGACUAUCAGCUCUCCUCCUCAUGCCCAUUCCACACACCUAAGCUCCCCAACACAUGCGCAGACGUGUUUAUCACCCUCUGCUCGCUCAAACCUUAAACCCACCUCGGCUCUUCAUCUCUCGGAGAGCCGACAAACGUGUGACUGGCUGCAGAGCAGCAGUAUUGACUCCUCCUUGGACCUCCCUGAGAGCGUAAAAGCCACACUGAGAGAGGCUUUGAGUAAGCAACCAUGGGAGUCUUUGUCACACUCAGUUUCCUCUUUACCAGACACAGUGGACCACAGCUGGCAGGGCCUCAGUGCCUCAGAUGCCACAGUAAUCUCUGAUAACUCCUUCAACCCGCUUACUUACAUGGUGGACAGAGAAAGUGACAGAAAUCCAGAUGUGGAAGGCAUCGUGAUGGAGAGGGAUGAAGGCAAGCUGCUCAGUGAUUCGAGGAGGGAGUCUGUGAGCACUCUGGUGGGUCAGGAGGAACAGGCUGAUAUGAGUUCACUGACAGGCAUGCUGAAGUUUGUCAAUCAGACACUGGCCAUGCAGGAAGAUCCUUCUUUAUGGAGAUCCAUAAACCUACCACAUACAUGACACCGCCUCAGGUUAAAACACUCAUUUAACGGUGAGUUAGUUGGUCAUUUACACUCACCAACAUGCACAGUUCCUGCAAAAUUUCACUUCUUUUUUUGCAUCAUUUGCUCGGUUUUGCUCGAUGGGUUCAAGGGGUGGUGCGGGCAGCAAAAACAAACGGCCUCCCAGCUGUCGUCACAUUUAAAUUUAAAUGUCACUGAGCCCUGAUUGGUUCACAUCACACUUUUUACCAAGCGACCAAAGACCACUGAAAAGCCGUGAUGAAAUGAAACCUGUGUCCCUGAAUUAUCUGCUCUGUUACAGGAAAUUAAAUUUUAUUCAGGACAACAUCACUAUUACUAACAGGUCAUCAAAGGUCAUGAAACAUAGACACUGAAGGAGGCUUUAUAGAGAGAAGGUGCUAAUGAUGGAUGUUAAUUUGUGUUUUUAGAGGGACGUCAGAGAG